UUCGGCGAGACACACGAAAGCCCUCCCAGUGGCCAAUCCUCCAAGUUCUGCUCAAAAUGGGCCUAGAAACUUGGGAAAAGCUGUUCAGAAUGACGAAUUCUCUGAGGAGACUCAUGUAUCGUGGGGACGUGGGCGGGUCGCUGUCUGCAUUGCCUGUAUUUCGCCGUUACAGUACUUAUAUGAGGAGAGAUGUGGGAGUGGCUGUCGGGUUACACAAGAGGAUUUGCACGACCGGGAAGUGUAGUAAAGUUUAUUACAGUACUAAAAAGUUAGGAUUCACCUUAAAGACCCAUACCUGCGGAGAACUUUGUAUAGCCAAUGUAGGAGAAGAAGUAACUCUGCGUGGGUUUCUGCAAUAUCAGCGUAUGGGAAAAUUUGCUGUGUUGCGUGAUUAUACUGGAAAGACUCAGGUCCUUGUUAGAGAUGAGGAUGUCAAGUUUACAGAACUACUGAACGGCACAACAUUUGAGUCUUACAUAGAGGUUAAGGGCAGAGUCUGUAACAGACCAGAGGACCAAGUCAAUAAAAACAUGCCAACAGGGGAGAUCGAGGUUCUCGUAGAUGAUAUAAAAGUUCUCAGUGCAGCACGUCAAAACCUUCCAUAUUUGAUACGAGAUUAUAAUAAGCCCAAGGAGAAUCUCAGACUGAAAUACAGAUAUUUAGACUUGCGGCAUGCGGAAAUGCAGAAAAACCUGAGAAUGAGAUCAAAGGUAGCAAAGAAGAUGAGGGAUUACUUACAAGACCGGGAAAGCUUUGUUGAGAUGACUACACCUACUCUUUCUGUCAAUACUCCAGGGGGAGCACAAGAAUUUAUAGUGCCCACCAGACUGCCGGGCAGAUUUUACUCUCUGGUCCAAAGUCCGCAGACGUACAAGCAGCUGGCAAUGAUCGGUGGGUUUGAGAGGUACUUCCAGUUUGCUGUCUGUUAUAGGGAUGAAGGUGCCAAGGCAGACAGACAGCCAGAAUUCUUACAGGUUGACCUCGAAAUGGCAGACGUCACAAUGGCGGAGAUCCAGGAACUGAUCGAGAACCUCUUAACUCACAGCUGGCCUGACGACUUGCCCAGUGUAAAGGCCCCAUUUCCCAGCAUGACCUAUGAGGAAGCCAUGACUACCUAUGGGGUUGACAAGCCUGACACCAGAUUUGGAUGGAAGUUACAAGACGUCACAGAAAUUGUCAGAGGAUGUGGGGCUCAAGUGCUUGAGUCUGCUGUUGCCUCUUCAGAGAGUUUUGCCCACUGCUUUGUCAUUCCAGGUGGCCAGAAGUAUAUGACCAAAAAAAUCAUAUCUUCUUGGGAGUCGCUUGCGGAGAAGGACUACCAACUCAAAGGACCAUCUGUGUUCACUGUGAGGGACAACAAGCUCCUUCAGGGGCAACUUGCCAAGAAGAUCAGUAACUCGAGUCAGAGCCAACUGGUAGAGAAAAUUGGUGCUCGUGUGGGAGAUGCUGUUGUCCUUGCGGUCGGGAGAAUGUCAUCUGUGUUACCUCUGCUGGGGAAACUACGCCUGUUAUCAGCAAACAUUUUAGAAGAGGCGGGUGUUGUGGUGAGAGAUCCUUCCGACUUCAAGUUCCUCUGGGUAGUUGACUUUCCCCUCUUUGAGAUGGAUGAAGACAGCGGAAAGCUAGUCUCAGUCCACCACCCGUUCACGCUGCCCAAAGACGAGGAUGUUCAUUACCUUCACACAGACCCAAUAAAGGCGAGAUCCCAGCACUAUGACCUUGUGUUGAAUGGUUGUGAGAUUGGUGGAGGGUCCAUGAGAAUCUACGAACCAUCGAUGCAACAGCACGUUUUAGAGAACAUCUUGGGGAUAGAUGCCUCAAGUCUCGGCUUCUUUAACGAGGCUUUGCAAUCAGGAGCUCCUCCUCAUGGGGGCAUUGCACUUGGCUUUGACCGACUCAUCGCUGAGAUGUGUGGAGCGAAGAGCAUACGGGAUGUGAUCGCCUUCCCCAAGAGCAUCGAAGGGAGAUGCUACAUGUCAGGGGCUCCAGGAAGUGUGACAGCACAGGAAAUGGACCUCUACCACAUUACGGUUAAGGAGGAAGAUAACAAGAAAUCGUGAUAA